CGGAAGUGGGCGCGCCGUGCUCUGGAGGUUUCCAGAAGCGGCCGAAAGCGGCGGACGGGCGCGGGGGGGGGGCGGUUCGGAGGGGUGCGGUUCCGCUAUGGUGGAUUACAGCGUCUGGGACCACAUCGAGGUGUCGGACGAUGAGGACGAGACGCACCCCAACAUCGACACCGCCUCCCUCUUCCGAUGGCGGCACCAGGCCCGCGUGGAGAGGAUGGAACAGUUCCAGAAAGAGAAAGAGGAGCUGGACAAGGGCUGCAGGGAAUGCAAGCGGAAACUCGCCGAGUGCCAGAGGAAACUAAAAGAGUUGGAAGUGGCUGAGCCCGGGGGGGGAUCCGGGGGGGUCCGGGGGGAACGGGAGAGGCUGCAAGCGGAGGCUCAGCAGCUGCGCCAUGAGGAGAGGAAUUGGGAGAGCAAAAUGGAGGAGCUGCGCAAGAAGGAGAAGAACAUGCCAUGGAACGUCGACACGCUGAGCAAGGACGGCUUCAGCAAGAGCGUUUUCAACGUGAAGGCAGAGGAGAAGGAGGAGACGGAGGAGCAGAAGGAGCAGAAGCACAAAACCUUUGUGGAGCGCCACGAGAAGCAGAUCAAGCACUUCGGCAUGCUGCGGCGCUGGGACGACAGCCAGAAGUACCUCUCUGACAACCCUCACCUCGUUUGCGAGGAGACUGCUAAUUACCUGGUCAUCUGGUGCAUCGACCUGGAGGUGGAAGAGAAGCAGGCUCUGAUGGAGCAGGUCGCCCACCAGACCAUCGUCAUGCAGUUCAUCCUGGAAUUGGCCAAGAGCCUCAAAGUCGAUCCUCGCGCCUGCUUCCGCCAAUUCUUCACCAAGAUCAAGACCGCCGACCAGCAGUACAUGGAGGGCUUCAACGACGAGCUGGAGGCCUUCAAGGAGCGCGUGCGCGGCCGCGCCAAGGCGCGCAUCGAGAGGGCGAUGAAGGAGUACGAGGAAGAGGAGCGGCAGAAGCGCCUGGGGCCCGGCGGCCUCGACCCCGUGGACGUCUACGAGUCCCUGCCGCCCGUGAGUGAGGGGCUCUGGGGCUUGGGUUGUCACUUUUUGGGCUCAGAGCCCCACGUUUGGGGACAAAAACGUGAUUUCUGGGUGCAGGUCCCCGCUUUCUGGGCUCAGAUCCCCGCUUUCUGGGCUCAGGUCCCCACAUUUUGGGCUCAGGUCCCCACGUUUGGGGCUCAGGUCCCCACAUUUUGGGCUCAGGUCCCCACGUUUGGGGCCAAAAACCCGAUUUCUGGGCUCAGGUCCCCACGUUUGGGGCCAAAAACCCGAUUUCUGGGCUCAGGUCCCCGCUUU